AUGAACGCUGCGACGCAGAUUUAUUUGCAGUCUAAUGUGCUUGUGGAUGCCUUGGAGGCGGUUACCCCAGAAUCAACAAUGGAGGAUGCUUCGACGGAUGAAUUGGAUGAAAAUAUAUGCAACGGCGCGAGUCCCAGCUCAUCCGAUGACGACGAUGCAUUGCCAAAGUUCCGCGAAUCUGUUGCCCCCUCGAUUAUCGUUGAAAGCUGUAGAACCCCAAAAACAACCAACUACCCACCCGUAGGCAUCCAUCAAGGAGAUGCGAAAUGGAAUUUGGUUAAAGUGCGCGUCAGUUUUGACGUGACCCGCAAAGCUGUUGUACCCUUUCUGUGCCUAACUGCUAUGCAACAAAGGAAGCACGAUGACUGGGCCUCUGCCAGGUUGCCCAAUCCUAAACAGAGGAAGUCGAGAUGCAGAGGUGGGGUUUGUACCAUGGACCUUCCGGACGGUCAAUUCACGCUCUACGCACCAUUCCAUUCAGCCAUUCCGACACUAACCUCAUUCUGUAACACCCUUCCGGUGCCUAGCUGCCAUGCCACCCGAAAGAAGCACGAGGGCUUGGAUAAUGCCAGGUUGCCCAAGCCUAGACAGGGAAAGUCGAGAGGCAGAGGUGAGCGAAGCCUAGUGAUCGACGGUUACAAAUUCACAAAGUCCCGUGACGGGAUGGGGGAUCGGGUUUUCUGGCGCUGUUCACGUCGUGAAUGUAAGGCUACAGCUGUCACCGUUGCCGACCGAGUGGAACAUAUCCGUGCGAUCCAUACACAUGAUCCACCCGUAGCUGCAGAGUUCUUUACCAAUACACGCAUCCAACAUGAACAGGAGGUGAAAUUCAACAAACUCUCCGGGGGGAUGCAAAAUGGCCGUAGAAAGAGCCAUCCGAUCUCAGCUAGUAAAGGCAGUGAUCAACGCACCUUUGAGUUGGACUCGAACUUUCCGUUGCGUCAUUCUGAGUCGGAUUCCAAGUCGACCUCUAGUAUAUUCGAACAGAUCUCUCCUGAGAACACGCUGCCAGAAGGACCACUGAACAACGGCUCAAACGGUACUGCAGUUUCGGUCUUGGGUCGAUUGACUGAUGUUUCCACAGAAGCUGUUCCCAACGACACAAGAACGAUACAGUUCGCACCCUCAACGUUGAUGGCAAAGAGCAUGUGUUCACACAAGUUCACAAACCACACCGUUGACGCGCCCCCUUCAACUGAAUCAGAUAAGCUUGACGUAACGCGACCUGUUCUUCCCUGCUCUUCCGGCUUGGAACAAUUGGCUGCUAUCGCAUCUACUUUUGCCAAAGGCUCACUAGUCGAGGCAAGUUUCGAACCCACGCUCCCACAAUCGUCCCGCCAACCAGUCUUAUCCUUCCCAUCAGCAACCACGAUGUCCACAACAAAUUUCGCAGCUCCAGUCUAUCCUACAAACUCUUUGACAUCUGUGUUAACUUCAGAGGUCCAGUUUGUGACCAACGCACAUGGACAUCUUAUCCUCGUUCCCGGCAACAGUCAGCUGUCGAGCGUUUUAGAAGCACGCAAAUCUAUGGAUGAUGCUGUAUCAUCCGAGGUCUUGUGCCCCGUUUCCGGAGCCUCGUUGGUUGUGAAUGGUCAGGAACGUCUUCCAACAAUUUAUGCGAUCGCACGUCAAGGGACAUCUCCGUCCGAUGAAAAUCACAUGACUGCGGAGUACACGCCAGGUGACCAACAAUUUUCUGGACCACCACUGGAUGAAUCACAACAAAAUCCGCCUUUUUGUCGAGCCACUGGUGAUCCUAUCAAUGGAUAUGCAAGCGAUGGCCGAUUAGGCGGGUUUACUUCAGUAUACCGCUGUUCCUUGCCGUCUGUCGCCUCGAAUUCAACCGCUUCCGGUACGCAGUUGUACCAAAAUUGUCCCCGUAUCAGUGCGUGCAGUUCAGGUUUGGGCAACCUGGCAGUAUCCCAACCCUCGUGUUUUCUUUCGGGUGGCAUGGCAGCUGGGCACCGAAAGGGUGCUACAGCUGAACGAUUGGGAUGGUAA